GGGUGCUAGACUGUGUGUAUGAGAAUGCAAGGGUGUGGAUGUGGAAUACUUCGUACCACAAUAUCCGACAUGACGAUAGUUGGGAUCACGUAUUUUUAAUACAUGGACGUGAUGCUAGAGGCAACACCUUGCUGAUUGCAUCAGCCUGCUUCGAAGACGCGACAAUGGUGGACUGGCUCCUAAAGAACGGUGCAGAGUUGCAUGCUGCAAAUUUGGACGGUAGAACAGCGCUGAUGGAAGCUUCAUUGUGGGGAAGGCUGGAUAAUGUAGGAGUUUUGUUAAAGGGAGAGACAAAUAGAAGACAGAGAGAUCGAGAAGGGAAUAGUGCGCUCGAUCUGGCAAUGCAGAGCGAGAGCAACAGCCGUCGCAGGUACCUGAGAAGUGGCAAAGAAGGCAUCAUCGAGCGGCCCUGGAAAGACGACCAAGAUCGACGUAAAAUUGUCGAGUUGUUAAGCCCUGAUGUCGCGACUUUUGUUAACGAAUCCGGUUCCAACCUUCCUCUCUUCGACCGGUCCCUUGGAGGCGAACGGACCAAUCUUGUCUUGAAACAGUUCUUGACCAUGCGAGACCCCGAACAAAAACGCCAAAAGACAGUAGUUCGACUCGUAGACGGUUUAUUGACUAUCGACGCCAUGAGUGGCUGGAAGCACAAUGACAAGUACACCAUCCCUGGGGAUGUAACGGAAGUCCUCAGGUUCGCCGAGGCGAUCGGGUUUUCAUUUGCGCCGGACAAGCAAAGUAGCAUGAGGUUUAGUGAUGGAUCACCAGUCGAUGAACGCUACUACGCCAGCCAUGCUGAGCCUCAGGCAAUCGUCCAGUAUUUGAGGUUGAUGGAUCUUGGACUUGACAUUGACUUGGCCCACCAGCAGCAACUGUCGACCAAGCAGAGUAAUCUGCGAGAAGUACAGCUCAUUGUAAGUAACAAGAUCUGUCCCAAAUGUGCAGAAUUCAUGGCUCGGAUCAAUAGUCUGGCCAUGAGUUCCGCAGGCUUCCAGCUCGUUGCUUGGGAGAGAUUCAUGGAUGAGAACGGCAAGUUGGUGUCGACGAAGCAAAUCUGGCCUUAGGGAACACUCGUAAUUGGUAAGGAUGAAUGGACAGGGGCCAUCCUCCAAAGAGCUGGAUGACGAACAAGUUUG